AAAUACAGGGAGGAGAGCGCCGGAGAGCCGGAGAAGCAGCCCCAGCCCGGGACCGGGAGCGCAUCCUGCUCAGCCUCUGCAGCCGCCUGAGGAACCACCGCCGGACUCCGCCCUCCUCCUUCAGCAGGUAAGUGUCGCCUCCCCUCCGUAAGGGGAGCUGCUGCCUCCUCAGCCCCCGCGGGGAAGGGGACUGUCCCGAGAUGGAACCUGUUGCAUUCUGUAGCUGCGACUCCUGCAUCGCAGGGGGUUGGACUGGAUGACCCCUGGGGUCCCCUACCCGCUCUGCGAUUCCACUCUGCACCUGGCAAAUGGAAGGGGCGCAAAGAGAAGCGAAAGGACCGGGAAUAUGCGCGGAACUCUAGGCGGCUGCAGCCGCGUGUCUGAAUACUCGGAGGCGCCCUCGGGCUGGACAAGCUGCGAAAUUCCUGUCUGCGGCGCUGCUUCUCCCGUGUCUGGGAUGCUCCGAGGCCCCCUUCCCACGGGAGAGCCGCUGCCUUUUGAAGUUUUCCUCCCCGGGGAGGGCUCGGCUCGCUUCGCAAGCCCUUUCUCUGUAAACAAGGCUGUUCUGCAGGGAAAACCGUUUCCAGAUGUGCCAGGGAAAGGGAGCCUGCGGUGGCGGGGGGGGGGCGGGGGGGCUGACUCUGCAGAGAUUCCUUCCUCCCGAAGCCACUGUUUGCUCUGGCAGAGGAGCAGCGGAGAAGUCGGCAGCAGCAAGUGCCCCCCAUUUCCGCCCCCUUCUCCUCGCUCUGGGGAGCUCAGAGGCGGCGUGGGCGACGUGCAGGAUCCCACCCGGGCAGGAUGCCGUGGAGUUGGAGGAGGUUCAGAAACGAGGGCAGUGGGGAUGGAGCAACUACCCCAGGAAGAAAGGGGGCAGCGGUUGGAGGUGUUUAGUUUGCAGGAAAGGCGAGCGAAAAAGGAGGGGACAGAAUUAUGGAAUCGUAGAGCUCGAAGGGCCCACCAGGGUCAUCUAGUCCAACCCCCUGCGAUGCAGGAAUCUCGAACCCACGACCCUGAGAUUAAGAGCCCCAAGCUCCACCAACUGAGCUAUCGCCGUGGAAGUUUGUAAAACGUUGCCUGACAAGGAGGAAGCGGAUAGAGAGAAGUUUUUCUCCGACCCUCAUAACACGAGAAACUGCUGGGCACCCCUGGAAGCUGGAAGAUUCAGGAUAGAUAGAAGGAAGCACAGAGUUAAACCGUGGAACUCCCUCCCACAGGAGGCAGGGAUGGCCACCAACCGUGGUGGUUUUAAAAGAGGAUGAGACAAGUUCCCGGGGUUGCAUUGCAGGGGGUUGGACUAGAUGACCCUGGAGGGCCCUUCCAGCUGUGAUCCAUGGUGGAGGAGAAGGCUAGCCUUGGCUGCCAGCCACAAGGGCCAGGCUCCUGCUUCUGAAUAGCAGCUGCUGGAAGCUCUUGGGCUCGGAUCCUGCUUGUGGGCUCCACUUUGGGGCAGAGAAUCCUAGAAUGGGAGAGUUGGAAGGGACCCCAAGGGCCAUCUAGUCCAACCCCUUGCCAUGCAGGAAUGGGUGUCCAUUGGGGGAACAGGAUGCUGGGCCAGGUGGUUCUCCCAUUCAUAUGCCUCUCUAACCACUUGGAAAGCACUUCAAGGUGCAGGGCGGGGGGCACAACAGUCCAGAAAAGGCGCUUCCAGGUCAAGAUGCCCCUCCAUUCACUCUCCAACUUGGGUCUCCAAAUGUUGGACUACAACUCCCAUCAUCCCUAGCUAGUGGUCAGGAAUGAUGGGGGUUGUAGUCCAGCAACAGCUGGGGACUCAAGUUGGAGAUACACUGCCCCACACCGUCGGUCCAGAAGAGGAAGGGAGGGGGGGUCCUUGGCGCUGCAGCCCCUGUGGGGAAACUGCAGCUGCCCUGCCUGGUAAGCUGAGCUGCCCCACGGCAGAGAGAAAAGGCUGGGGCCACAGGCGCCUGCAAGUGGGGUGGGGGCCACACCAGCAGGAGCCCCACCCACUGCAAUGCCUCCUGUGGCACCAGCUGCACCCGCCAGGCUGUCUGCCAGCCCAAGAGGAUCCUGCACGCCUUUCUUUCCAAGCUGGCAGGUGGCCACAUAAAACUGUUGGCUCUGGCCUGGCUGAGUUUGCAGCCCUUCCUUCUGACGAGCGGCUGCCUUGAAAUGGUCUGUUGCAAGGAGAAAAGCGCUGCUGCUGCCCCCCCAGCAUGAGAGCCCUUCGCAGAAUUGCAGAGUAGGGUGCCUCAGUGGAAGGCCUGCAAGUGGGAUUCGAACACAAGAGCAACCCGCUCCCCUCCUGAGGUUUCCAGCAACUGGGAUUCAGAAGCAUCACUGCCUCUGACCGUGGAGACAGAGCAGAGCCGUCCUGGCUGGGAGCCCUUGGCAGCCUCCUCUUCCUCCUCCAUGAAUUUCUCUAAUCCUCUUUUAAAGCCAUCUAGGUUUGCAGGCACCACUGCAUCCUGCAGCAGGGAGUUCCAGAGGUUAACUAGGCGCUGUGUGAGGGAGCCCUUCCUUUUAUCCUGAAAUCUUCCAACAUUCAACUUCCUUGGCUGCCCAUGAAUUCUAGCAUUGAGGAAAACUCUCCUUUCCAUCUUUUCUUUUUUAAAAGUCCCAGGUGCUGAAAUCUUUUUUCACAGGGGCUUCACCCCCUUGAUCAUUUUGGCUGCUCUUUUCUGAACCUUCCCCGUGUUUGCGAUAUCCUUUUUGAGGUGAGGCAACCAGAACCGUACACCAUAUUUACCCUGCCCUUCCCAGCUCUCUCCUGCAGGCCUGGACCUGGCUGGCUACUGCUGGUGCUCCCGUGAUGGGGUCUCCCUGGCAUCAUGCGCUACUCCUGGCCAGCGAAGAUGAGCUCCUGGGCCCUGAAGGCAGAGCAGCAGCCCAUGCGCUUGCCAAGACUCAGCGCUCAGUGCCGCCUCCAGAGCAUGCCUUGGCUGUGUGCAAUUACUGCAGCCACAAAGCUUUCUCUGACCACCAGCCUCGUUCAGAGUUUCCAGCCAGGAGCCUCACCAGCGAAUAUUAUUCCGCUCCGAGCCCUCAAGCGCGCCAGACACUCUGGGGAACAUUUUGGCCUCAGGCGCUGAUGAGGAGCACAUUCAGGCCCAACCAAGGGAGGCAGCCUCGUAAUUUUCUCAUCUUGGAAGCGCUGAGCUCUGCCGGACUUCCUGGUGGAUCAUUUGUGGCAAUGUCCAGGGUGGCAGGAGAGGAGAUAUUGUUCAUUCAUAUCCUUCCUAACUUGCGCUAGCAAAUUCCUUUAUGUAGCAGAGUUUACAUUCCCCUUUUUACACGCGCAGCAGAUAGCUGGUUGCAGGCUCGUGUGAGCCUCUCACUAUUAUACAAUUCAGUCUGUCUCAGAUUGAAUUGUACGUUCCUGGUAACUUCCCUUGAAUCCCUCUUAAAAGAACAAAGAGGCCACAACCUUAUUCAAAGUCAAUAAAAUAAGUUUACUCACAUCAGUUCACAGUUGGAUUCCUGAAGGCAGACUUAGUUAGAAAUAUGUACAUGUGGAUCUACCCCAUUUGGGGGAAUAAUCCCAGUGCUUCUGCUAUCUGAAAGCAUAGCAGUCCCUAGCUAAAAAGCUGGUCCUACAAAGAAGGAAGUCAAAAAGAGAGAGAGUGCUGCAUGACUCGUUCUUUUGUUACCUGGACAGGUAAGGUCAUGCCCACCUUCUAUCACAUGCAAACGAAGGAUGCUCUAGCCAGGAGGAACAGGAAGUUUCGACUGGCUGGACCAACAUCCCCUUGCAUGUUCACUCUAGGAAAACAAGGAAAGUUGUAUUUUGACUGCUCAAAUAAUAUCGUAAUAAAUAAUAUCAGGAAAAAAGGUUGGCUCUCGUGCAUGUUCACUUCUUCAAAUCUGGCCCUCUUUGAAAAAAGUUUGGGCACCCCUGGCUUACGUCCUUCUGCUCUUAACGCCUGACCUGUCUUUUGCCCACAGGCCCCAUGGAUCCCAGAGGCCGUGCCCCUCUUCUGCUGCUGGCGGGCUGCCUGGCGCUGGCCCUGGCGUGGGCUCAGUGCCCCGAGGAGUGUGCCUGCUCCCGGACGGCGCAGGUGGAGUGCUCGGGACCCCACAUCUCGGCCAUGCCCGGCCCCCUGCCCGCCAACGCCAUGAGCCUGCAGGUGAUUGGCACCCAGCUGACGGAACUGGGGGCGGGGGCCUUUGGCAACGCCUCUCUGCUCAUCGCCCUGCGGAUGGAGAAGAACAGCCUGGCGCGCCUGAACCCGGACACCUUCCGGGGCCUGCUCUCCCUCCGCUACCUGAGCCUCUCCAGCAACCGCCUCCAGGAGCUGCCCGCCGGCGUCUUCCGCAGCCUCGACAAACUGGAGUCGCUGCUGCUCUCGGGCAACCAGCUCCUGCGCCUGAACCCGGCGCUCUUCAGCCGCCUGGGCACCCUCAAGGAACUCCAGCUGCAUGGCAACAGCCUGGCGUCCGUCCCUCCGGGGGCCUUUGACCACCUGCCCUCCCUCCUCAAGCUCAACCUGGCCAAGAACCGCCUCUCCCGCCUCCCGCCCGCCCUCUUCGCCCACCUGGGCCGCCUGCAGGUGCUGCGCCUCUAUGAGAACCAGCUGGCCGAGGUGGCCCCCCGCGCCUUCGCCGCCCUCCCGGACCUGCAGGAGCUGGGCUUGCACCAGAACCGCAUCCGGCGCCUGCCCGACGGGCUCCUCUCGGCCAACCGCCGGCUGCAGAAGCUCCACCUGUCCAACAACCGCCUGGAGACCCUCCCGCGGGGGCUGCUCCUGGAGCUCCCUGAGCUCUCCCGCCUCUCGCUCUUCGGCAACGCGCUCCGGGAGCUCCUGCCGGCCACUUUUGGCCCCAUGCCGCGGCUGAAGGAGCUGUGGCUCUACGACAACCAGCUGGCCCAGCUGCCCGCCGGUGUCUUUGCCAACCUGACGGAGCUGCAGCUGCUGGUGCUGAGCAGGAACCGGCUGCGCUCCAUCUCCCCGCUGGCCUUUGAGGGGCUGGGGGAGCUGCUGGAGGUCUCCCUGCACACCAACCAGCUCCGCACCCUCGACGGGGAGACGUUCCGGGGUCUGGGCAAGCUGCAGAACAUCUCCCUGCAGAACAACCGGCUCGUCUCCCUGCCAGCGCGCCUCUUCAACGGCACACCACACCUGGUGAACCUCCAGCUGCAGAACAACUCCCUGGAAAGCCUCCCGGCGGGCGUCUUCGAGCAGCUGCCCCGCCUGAGGGAGGUCAAGAUGCACGACAACCCCUGGCGCUGCGACGACGCCCUGAUGGCCCUCGGGCGCUGGCUGAGGGAGAACAGCGCCCGCCUGGGGGGCAGCCGCCCUGUCUGCACCUGGCCUCCCGCCUUGCAGGGGCAGCCCAUUGCCAAACUGGAGGAGGAGCACUUCGGUCCGGCACAGAGCCCAGAGGCCACCGAGGGGCCCACGAUGUCCACCUCCGGCCAGGCGGAGGUCCCUGACCAGGACACGAGCCCAGAGACCGUGAUGCCCACGCGUGCCCAGCCGCCCCUGGACCACGAAGGUGGCAGCGCAGAGGCAGAGCAGGAGUUUUCCACGGCAGCCCCCAGGGUGCUCACCCCAGGCGUUGCGCCGGCCGAGGGGGGCAUCUGGGGCUUGACGCGCACCCAGACAGGGGUGGUGGUCACCUGCCUGGUGGUGGGCUCUGCCUUGCUCCUGGGGACGCUGCUGGCGGCAGCUGUCUAUGGGUACAGGAGGAAGGCCCGCCGGGACCUUGCCAAGGCAUAGAAGGGCGCUCAGGAGAGCUAGCCAACCAGACUGAUGAAUGGGGUCAGGGGGGAGGGCAGUGGGGUGGGAGGGGGAGAUGCCGGGCUCUGUAUCCCUUUCCCCAGAUGUGCCACCCUCCCUCGGGCACAACGGGCACCCUCCCACCUGCUCACGCACAUGCCCUUCUGAAGCAAGGGGCCGAUGGAUGAGUCAGAGAAUUGGAAGGGGUCCCCCAAAGGUCAUCUAGCCCAACCCCUUGCAGCGAAGGAAGCUCUUCCAUAGACCCACUCAUGUGCACCCCUCUGCAGCCUUUGCAGCCCAGGCUAGCUGGGCAGGAUGAGGCCCUUGUCUGUCCUGCUUCGCCAGGUGCUCUGCAUCCCGUGGUCAUUCAGCCAUGCAGGCAAUCCUCUGUGGCUGGAGAGCGGGGCUGCUCUUUGGGCAGCGGUGGGGAUGUGGGCAGCUUUGCUGUCCCUGCCCUUCGGGAGAGGCAGCGGUGGCAUAGUGGUUAGAGCGCUGGACUAGGAACCUGGGAGAGUCCAGGGCUUGAUGCUCCCCUUGGGGGCCAGUCUCUGCCUCUCAGCCUAGACUGCCUUGCAGGGCUGUUGUGAAGAGAACCACACUCACUCGCUGGAGCUCCUUGGAGCAAAAGGUGCUAUAUAAAUGCCAUGAAAUAUAUGAAAUGUAACGGGUGACACCCCCUCAGGGUUCAGUCCUGCCAGAGGAGAGAAGGAGACUUGGCUCCUGGGCCUGCCUUCUGUGGGCCACUGGCCUGGGCUGAGCCACAUGCUGCUUCUGCUGAGGGAGGGUCCUCAGCCCCUGGGGGGCAGGGGAAGCUCAGGGGCCGGUGGGGGUUGCAGCGGGGGGAGAGGGGGGAGGCCCCUGUUGGGAAGCCAGACUGGGAUCCCUGCAAAGUCAGGGGGCAAAAGAAGCCUGGCCGCUGCUCUCCAUCUAGCUCAAUGCUGGCAGCACUGGCCUGCAGCAUCUCCCUAGGCUGGGGUUCGAAUCCUGCCUGUGGGUUUCCCAUGGGGCAUCCGGUUGGCCACUGUGGAGGCAGGGUGCUGGACCUGCUUUGGCUGCUCCAGGCGGCUCCUCUGAUCUUAGAGAACCUGCCUGUCAGAGGCAGUCUAUCUCCCUUCCAGGUUCUUUGGGGCAGUCAGCCACUGGAGGACGGCCGCCACUCCUUUCUCUGUAGAUGAAACACUCCGGACGGAUUCACUUUGGGGGCGUCAAAUUCCUUGGAGGAAGAACUCUCUUUCGAAGACACUCUGUUUGUGGAAUGCUCAAUAAAAAACACAUGUGGUUACGGUUUU